AUGAGUAGUGGUUCCAAAAUGGAUAUUGUUGAUGAUGAAUCAGGUUCUUCAGAUUGUGUAGACUUAUGGAUUGAUUUGUUUCUAAGCAGAAAGGGUAAUGAAUAUUUUUGCGAAGUAGAUGUUGAUUACAUUACGGAUAGGUUUAAUUUAAUUAAUUUACAAAAGGCAGUAUCAAAAUUUUCCCUAGUUAUUCAAUAUAUUGUGGAUGAACUCGAUGAAUCAGUACUGGAGGCCAUGUCUCCUUCAAAAUUGGAACAAUUAGAAGCAGAUGCAAGAAAAUUGUACAGUUUGAUCCAUGCAAGAUAUAUUAUUACAGUAAAAGGUUUACAAAAGAUGCUAGCUAAAUAUAAAGAUGCAGAAUUUGGUAGAUGCCCAAGGAUAUAUUGUAAUUUCCAACCUCUGUUACCCGUAGGUCUUCAUGAUAUCCCUGGUAUCGAUAGUGUCAAGUUAUAUUGUCCAUCAUGUGAAGAUUUAUAUAAUCCAAAAUCUCCUAGACAUGCUUCGAUUGAUGGUGCAUAUUUCGGUAAAAGUUUCCCAGGUAUGUUACUACAAACAUUCCCAGAGUUUGUACCAAAACAUCCUAUAAGAAGAUAUAUUCCUUCAAUAUUUGGGUUCGAUCUACAUAAACAAGCCCAACUUUCACGUUGGCAAGAACUACAAAGAUUAAAAUCCGUAAAGAGAUUAGAAACAAUAGGCUGCGAUCUAUCUGGCAAUGGUGGGUUCAAAUAA